AUGGGUCGAGUUUCUUUCGCCGAGGAUACCAAACUGCCUGACGAGACCUAUAUUGAAGAGGAACCCACAAAGGUAUACGAGUACCAAGAUGGCCCGGAGAACAAGUCCUGGGCGGGUGCGCUCCCCUUGAAACAGGGUCUGUACGAUCCUUCCUUGGAGAAGGAUGCUUGCGGUGUGGGUUUCGCUGCCCACAUCAAGGGCAAGGCCAGCCACAAGAUCGUUACCGAUGCGCGUUCAUUGCUCUGCAACAUGACCCAUCGUGGUGCCGUAGGAUCAGACGCACGAGAUGGUGACGGUGCAGGUGUCAUGACUUCCAUCCCCCACCGAUUCUUCCUCAAGGAAUUCGAGCGCGAGCAGGGCUACAAGCUACCUGCACUUGGCCAGUACGCCACUGGCAACCUGUUCUUCAAGCCGGACCCCACAGUCUUGGAUGAGACCAAGGCUAUGUUCGAGGAUGUUGCAGACCAGCUCGAUCUAAGAGUACUUGGGUGGCGAGUGGUCCCCCGAGACUCCACACUCCUCGGUCCUGCUGCGCUGUCACGAGAGCCGAUCAUUUUGCAGCCCUUCGUUGUUCUCAAGACCGCCUACGGAGACGCACGGCAGCCUAAGGAGAACUUCGAGAAGAACUACGACGCAGGGUAUUUCGAGCGCCAGCUGUAUGUCAUGCGCAAGCGUGCCACACACGUUAUCGGCCUACACAACUGGUUCUACAUCUGCUCGCUGAGCAACAAGAACAUUGUUUAUAAGGGUCAGCUGUCGCCUGUCCAGGUCUACGAGUACUACCACGACCUGCUCAACGUCGACUAUGAGGGUCACUUUGCACUGGUGCACUCGCGUUUUUCCACCAACACAUUCCCCUCAUGGGACCGCGCACAGCCUCUGCGAUGGGCAGCCCACAACGGUGAGAUCAACACAUUGCGAGGAAACAAGAACUGGAUGCGCGCGCGCGAGGGUGGUAUGAAGUCGAGCCUUUUCGGCGAGGAGCUUGAUCUGCUCUACCCCAUCAUUGAGGAUGGUGGUUCCGACUCUGCAGCUUUCGACAAUGUUCUCGAGCUGCUUACCAUCAACGGUGUUUUGUCUCUGCCAGAAGCAGUCAUGCUCAUGGUUCCUGAGGCAUGGCAGGGCAACCACACCAUGGACCCCGCCAAGCAGGCCUUCUACGAGUGGGCUGCUUGUAUGAUGGAGCCUUGGGAUGGUCCCGCUCUCUUCACAUUCUCUGACGGCCGUUACUGUGGUGCCAACCUCGACCGUAACGGUCUGCGACCUUGCCGUUACUACAUCAUGGACGACGACCGUAUUGUCUGCGCGUCUGAAGUUGGUACCAUCUCCAUUGACCCCGAGCGUGUUGUCCAGAAGGGCCGUCUGCAGCCCGGUAAGAUGUUGCUUGUCGACACUGUCGCUGGACGCAUUGUCGAUGAUGCUGAGCUCAAGAAGACUGUCUCUGAGCGCAGCGACUUCAGCGCAUGGAUCGAGAAGAACCUCCUUACCCUGCCCAAGAUCCUCAAGACCGUCAGCGAGAAGGGUCUUGACCUCUCGUACACACUCACAGAGUCCAAGCUUCACGAGGAUCCUCGUUUGCGAGCAUUCGGCUACUCACUCGAGCAGGUCAGCUUGCUCCUGGGACCCAUGGCUGCCGAUUCCAAGGAGGCUCUCGGAUCUAUGGGUAACGACUCUCCCCUUGCUUGCUUGGCUACUCAACCUCGCCUGCUUUACGAGUACUUCCGUCAGCUGUUCGCCCAGGUCACCAACCCUCCCAUCGACCCUAUCCGUGAGGCUAUUGUUAUGUCUCUCGAGGCAUACGUCGGUCCUCAGGGCAACCUUCUGGAGAUGGACGAGUCUCAGUGCCACCGAAUGCUUCUGCCCUCGCCUGUCUUGUCUCUCGAAGAGUUCACCGCUCUGACCAACACUCACACUCUUCACUCCGAGUGGACAGUCAAGAGCAUCGACAUCACUUUCGCGAAGAGCGAGGGUAUCGAGGGCUACAUGAGCACUCUUGACCGCAUCUGCGAAGAGGCUGCUGAGGGCGUCAACAACGGUGACAGCAUCAUUGUCUUGACCGAUCGUGCUGUCUCCAAGGACCGUGUGCCCGUCUCUGCCUGCUUGGCCACUGGUAUGGUCCACCACCACCUUGUCCGCAACAAGUGGCGUUCCAACGUUGCUCUCGUUAUCGAGACUGGUGAGGCCCGUGAGGUUCACCACAUGUGUGUCCUUGUCGGAUACGGUGCUGAUGCCAUCUGCCCUUACCUCGCUAUCGAGUGUAUCUUGAAGAUGCACCGUGAGGGUGUCAUCCGCAAGAAGCUCAGCCCUGAGCAGCUUAUCGACAACUACAAGCACUCUUGCGACGGUGGUAUCUUGAAGGUCAUGUCCAAGAUGGGUAUCUCCACCCUUCAGUCCUACAAGGGCGCUCAGAUCUUCGAGGCUCUUGGUCUCGAUGACUCGGUUGUCGACCGCUGCUUUACUGGUACUGCCUCUCGUAUCAAGGGUAUGACUUUCGACCUCAUCGCCCAGGAUGCUCUGGCUCUCCACGAGAAGGGUUACCCAUCCCGUCCCAUCGUCGAGGUUCCCGGUCUUGCUGAGACUGGUGAGUACCACUGGCGUGACGGUGGCGAGCCCCACAUCAACGACCCUACUGCCAUGGCCAACAUCCAGGAUGCCGUCCGCACUAAGAACGACAAGUCAUACGAGGCAUACUCCAUCGCCGAGUACGAGCGCAUCAAGGACUGCACGCUCCGUGGUCUCCUGGACUUCAACUUCGACGACCGCACACCCAUCCCCGUCGACCAGGUUGAGCCAUGGACAGACAUCGUGCGCCGUUUCGUUACUGGUGCCAUGUCGUAUGGUUCCAUCUCUAUGGAGUCUCACUCUACCCUUGCUGUCGCCAUGAACCGUCUUGGUGGCAAGUCCAACACUGGUGAGGGUGGUGAAGACCCCGAGCGCAGCUUGCGCAUGGAGAACGGUGACACCAUGCGUUCUGCCAUCAAGCAGAUCGCUUCCGGACGUUUCGGUGUUACCUCCAACUACCUCGCUGAUGCCGAUGAGCUCCAAAUCAAGAUGGCUCAGGGUGCUAAGCCUGGUGAGGGUGGCGAGCUUCCUGGACACAAGGUAUCUGGCUCCAUCGCCAAGACUCGUCACUCUACUCCUGGUGUCGGUCUUAUCUCGCCUCCUCCCCACCACGACAUCUACUCCAUCGAGGAUCUCAAGCAGUUGAUCUACGACCUGAAGUGCUCCAACCCCCGCGCUCGUGUCUCCGUCAAGCUCGUCUCCGAGACUGGUGUUGGUAUUGUCGCCUCUGGUGUCGCAAAGGCCAAGGCUGAUCACAUCCUGAUCUCUGGUCACGAUGGUGGUACUGGUGCCUCUCGAUGGACUGGUAUCAAGUACGCCGGUCUCCCCUGGGAGUUGGGUCUUGCCGAGACUCACCAGACUCUUGUCUUGAACGACCUUCGUGGCCGUGUCAUCGUUCAGACUGACGGUCAGCUCCGCACCGGACGUGAUGUUGCCAUCGCCUGUCUGCUUGGUGCUGAGGAGUGGGGUUUCGCUACCACUCCCCUGAUCGCCAUGGGCUGCAUCAUGAUGCGCAAGUGCCACUUGAACACCUGCCCUGUCGGUAUUGCUACCCAGGACCCUGAGCUGAGGAAGAAGUUCGCCGGUACACCCGAGCACGUUAUCAACUUCUUCUACUACAUCGCUAACGAGCUUCGUGCCAUCAUGGCCAAGCUUGGCUUCAGGACCAUUAACGACAUGGUCGGCCAUUGCGAGGUCCUUCGCAUCCGUGACGACCUCCGCACAGCCAAGACCGAGAACAUUGACUUGUCCUUGAUCUUGACUCCCGCGCACACCCUCCGCCCUGGUGUUGCUACCUUCAACGUUCGCAAGCAGGACCACCGUCUCCAUGUCCGUCUAGACAACAAGCUCAUCGCUGAGUCUGAGCUUGCCCUUGAGAAGGGUCUGCCCGCUCGCAUCGAGUGCGAUGUCGUCAACACCGACCGUGCCCUUGGUGCUACGCUCUCCUACCAGGUCAGCAGGCGUUACGGCGAGGCUGGUCUGCCUCAGGACACCAUCCACGUUAACAUCCGUGGUUCUGCUGGUCAGUCCUUCGGUGCUUACCUUGCCCCUGGUAUCACUCUUGAGCUUGAGGGUGACGCCAACGACUACGUCGGUAAGGGUCUGUCAGGUGGUCGCUUGAUCGUCUACCCACCGCGCACUGCAGUCUACCGUGCCGAGGAGAACGUCUUGAUCGGUAACGUCUGCUUGUACGGUGCCACCCAGGGUACCUGCUUCUUCCGUGGUAUCGCUGCAGAGCGCUUCUGUGUCCGUAACUCCGGUGCCACGGCCGUUGUUGAGGGUGUUGGUGACCACGCUUGCGAGUACAUGACUGGCGGUCGUGUUCUUGUGCUCGGCUCUACCGGUCGCAACUUCGCUGCCGGUAUGUCUGGUGGUAUCGCUUACGUCCUUGACAUCCACCAGGACUUCGAGCAGAAGGUUAACCAGGAGAUGGUUGAGCUCUCCCCCAUCGAGGAACCUGAGGAGAUCGCGUUCGUUCGUGGUCUCAUCGAGGACCACCACCACUACACUGGCUCCGAGCUCGCCGCCCGCAUUCUGCUCGACUUCACACGCGCUCUGCCCCGCUUCGUCAAGGUCAUGCCCGUUGACUACAAGCGCGUUCUGCUAGAGGAGAAGGCUAAGGCUGCUGAGAAGAAGCGGUCGGAGUACCCUCUGCCCCUUCUUGCCGGCAACCCGGUUCGCACUGCCCACGAGGACUCCCGCAAGAACGAGCACGAGCACGAGGCUAAGGAGAAGAAGGCCGACCUCCUCGACAUUGAGGAGAGUGUCACUGACGCUAAGGCUGAGAAGAAGAAGGCACUGGUUCUUGACAAGACUCGUGGUUUCAUGAAGUACCAGCGCCGCUCUGAGAAGUACCGCAACCCUAAGACCCGUACUCGUGAUUGGGCCGAGCUGUCCCAGCGCCUUAACGAGGACGAGCUGAAGUACCAGACUGCUCGUUGCAUGGACUGCGGUGUUCCCUUCUGUCAGUCUGACACAGGUUGCCCGAUCUCCAACAUCAUUCCCAAGUGGAACGAGCUUGUCUUCCAGGGCCAGUGGCGCGAUGCGCUCAACCGUCUCCUCAUGACCAACAACUUCCCCGAGUUCACUGGCCGUGUCUGCCCUGCUCCUUGCGAGGGUGCUUGCGUUCUCGGCAUCAACGAGGACCCCGUUGGCAUCAAGUCUAUUGAGUGCGCUAUCAUUGACCGUGGUUUCGAGAUGGGCUGGAUGGUGCCUUCGCCACCCCAGAACCGCUCUGGCAAGACUGUUGCCAUCAUUGGUUCCGGUCCUGCUGGUCUCGCCUGCGCUGAUCAGCUCAACAAGGCUGGUCACACCGUUACUGUCUUCGAACGCGCUGACCGCUGCGGUGGUCUCCUCAUGUACGGUAUUCCCAACAUGAAGCUCGACAAGAAGGUUGUUCAGCGUCGUAUUGACUUCCUCGCCGCUGAAGGUGUCAACUUCAAGACUGGUGUCACCGUUGGUGAGGACGGCUCCGAGAACCUCGACUCCCUCCGCAGCCAGUACGAUGCUGUUGUGUUUGCCACUGGUGCUACCGUCGCCCGUGAUCUGCCCAUCCCUAACCGCAACCUGGAGGGCAUUCACUACGCCAUGCAGUUCCUGCACAAGAAUACCAAGUCUCUCCUCGACUCUGAGCUUGCCGACGAUGCAUACAUCUCCGCCAAGGACAAGCACGUUGUCGUCAUUGGAGGUGGUGACACUGGUAACGACUGCAUUGGUACCUCCGUUCGUCACGGUGCCAAGUCAGUUGUCAACUUCGAGCUGCUGCCUCAGCCUCCUGCUGAGCGUGCCCGCGACAACCCUUGGCCUCAGUGGCCUCGUAUCUUCAGGACCGACUACGGUCACAACGAGGUCAAGACUCACAUGGGCAAGGACCCCCGUGAGUACUGCGUUAUGUCCAAGGAGUUCGUCGAUGACGGUGCUGGCAAUGUCAAGGGUAUCAAUACUGUCCGUGUUGAGUGGACCAAGUCUGCCUCUGGCGGUUGGGACAUGAAGCACGUCGAGGGUAGCGAGCAGUUCUUCCCCGCCGACCUCGUCCUCCUCUCCAUGGGUUUCUUGGGUCCUGAGCAACGCGUCAUGAACGAGGUCAUCGAGCUUGAUGGUCGCAAGAACAUCAAGACGCCCCCUGGCAAAUACAACACCAACCUACCCGGUGUCUUCGCUGCUGGUGAUUGCCGUCGUGGCCAGUCCCUCAUCGUCUGGGGUAUCAACGAGGGUCGCCAGUGCGCUCGCGAUGUCGACUCCUUCCUCACCGGAUACGGCACUCAGCUUCCUGUUACUGGUGGUAUCGUCAAGCGCUCUCCUCUGAUGAAUACCACCAAGAACGAGAUCCCGGUGGCCGCCUAA